AGAAACCCUAAACCCUUAAGCCCUCUUCAAUGUAGUGAUUUCUUCCAUCACUUCACCAAUCCUCUCUCGCAGGUGUUGGAAGUUUUGAAGGAAGUCGUUUUACCUUUGAUUGAAGCUCUCUGUUGCCGUCAUAGAAAGUAUUGUCAUUGGAUUUUUCAGUGUAUCGAAAUGGUGAAGAAGAAGUUUAUUGACAAGAAGAAGGCGGCCACCUUUGUGCUUAUGCACAGGGACACUGAAGACGCAGACGACGACGUUUCAGCUCGCGUGUUUACUCGUGUUGACGCCGGAUUUGGUCAGGUGCCGGGGUUUUCCGAAGAGGACCCACGGACCAACCCUGAUUAUGGAUAUGAGACAGAUGAUGGUGAGGAGGAUGAGGGUGCAGCGGUUGAAGAAUCGUCGGUGUUUGCAGAUGCUGAGGAAGAGGGCGGAGUAGACUGUGACGUGAAAUCUGUGAGGUCAUCGAGGUCGAUUGUUUCACGAUCGACUCGGAGGUCGGUGUCGUCUCGUGCUGCGCACAAAGGGCCGCUUCCGGAGCACAUUAGGUUGGAGCUCGUGGAGUUAGGGUUUCCAGAUGAUGGGUAUGAUUAUAUGCAACACAUGAGGAAAAUUGGAGUAUCAGGCGUUGGGGGAUCGUUUGUGCCUGCCGCCCGUCCGAAGCCCGAAAAGCUUCGUGCUGAUGUGAAGGUUUUUGAUUCUUCGAAAGUGCCAGUUCAAUUAGUAGAGGAAGCUAGCGCCAAAAAGAUCAUUGAGGUUGUAGGAUCAAGCACGCACAGGGUGAAGCGCCCUGCAUAUGUGGAAAAUGGUUUGGAUCCUGAGGUAGCUGCAUUACUUGACGAUAGUGAGGGUUCAGAAUUCGAUUCCUUGGAAGAGCUCGAAGACGAUUUUAUAGUAUUUGCAAACAAUCUCCCAGAGGGCUCCACCUCUCAGGAGUUCCAAGCGCCAGAGAAUGCAACCUUCAAAAAGAUGGGUUUUGACUUUCAGGAAAGUUUUCCUGAAGGAGACGAAGAAGAAGAGGAAUUCAGUGAUGAGGACGAGGGUGCCCGUUCUGCUGUUACUAUCGAACAUAAUCGGCCCAGUCGGAUUUUGGACGAACAGUUUGAACAGCUUGCUUUACGGGAAUAUGAUGAUGACGAUGACAAUUUUGAUGAUGAUGACUCAGAAGUCAGGGGUCACGCUGACCUCUCCCAGUUUGAUGACGUCCUCUCGGAGUUCCUGUCUGACCCCAAAGUUUUUGGCGAUAAGUACAUGACUCCAGCUGAGAUUAGAAGGGCUGCAGCCUCUACCUCAGCUUCGAAACCUGCGGAAAACGGACAAGUCCUUGAAGCAGAAAAAAAAAAAAAAAUCGAUUCUGCUAUUAACAAUGUCGUUGAUUAUUCAGAGGACGAUGAGUUGGUCGUAAUAGAGGUAGAGAGCGAAGAUGACCGUAGUAAUUGGGAUUGUGAGACCGUCGUAUCAACCCUAUCAAAUUUAGAUAACCAUCCUGGUAAAAUCGCUGCUCCAAGCAAGCCCCGGCGUAAGGCGCCCACGCUGGGGAAGGUUCUGGAGGAUAAAGAGGCUACUGGUGGCAUCAUUAAGCUUCGGGGAAAGGCAAGCUUGCCGACAGAUUUCCUCCCUCUGAGACCUCAAGCAGAGAAAGCAAAGCAAUUGAAGAGUUUAGGAAAAGAUUCUUGUAAAAAGCCGCAACCGGUAUCCCGUGCUGGAGAAACACCAGAGGAGCGGAAGGCUCGAAAGGCAGCAGUGAAGGAAGAACGAAGAGAAGCUAGGGCUGCAAAGAAGGCCCUUAAAGUACUCUACAAAGAUGAAUCUCAAAGAGCUCAACAUGGCGCAGCGCACACCGGACCUUCAGGGAUACACUUACCGUAGACCAGAUUACACAUAGUUCACUAAAUAUUUAAUUGACAUCACUCCUUGCACAAAUCUUUACAUCUUCAAGGCGCUUCUUAUGCAAUUUUAUUGGUUUGUGUAUAUCGCAUCUUGGUAAUGAUAUAUUGGUGGUGACGCAACUAAGAUGAGGUUGCUUGCGAAUGAA